UUCAUUUUCAAAUCUGAUUUGAAUGAUGGGCCUAACCUUACAUAUUUGACCCUCUUAACUUAUGCUUAACCUUUGAAGGCCCACAGAAAAAACCCCCCCCAAGAAAAAAAAAGGAAGAAGGAAAAGAAAAAAAAAAAGAAAAAGAAGAAAAGCUACACGUCCAAAACUUACACUCAAGAGUCAAUACACCAUAUCCAGUACCAAAAAAAACACAGCACUUGUGACUCAUUAAAGCUAGUGUAUUUGUGUGGUUUGUGUUUUUUGUGUAUCGAAGCAUUCCAGUCAUUAACCACAUGCGACGUGCCUGGUUAGUCAUUUGGUCCAAACCAUGUUGCUUACAGAGGACAUCCCUAGUCGAGGCGGUGCUGGCGGGAGUAUAGCUAUGAACGGGGGCGAAUUGCAGACAUCAAGUAUCAAUAUAUCGUCUGAUUUUAUACCAGUUCAUCCAAUGGGCGUCAAACCACUUGGGAACCAAUAUUUCGCAUCCGGUCCUAUAGCUCGGCAGGCCCUUGGAUCAUUAAGUCGAUUUCCAGAUGAGAUGAUCCUACAGAUACUUGAAUACCUUGACACUUUGUCUUUGAAGGAUGUUGGAUUUACCUGCCGCUUUCUUUAUGCGUUUUGCCAUCUAGACGAACUAUGGAAGACAUUAUUUCUUGAGGCUAGCACACAACCAACCGCAUGGAAAGGCUCGUGGAAAAGCACACAUCUGAAUGCCCCAAUCGGCCUGCAAAGUAAAAUUGACUGCAGUAAUGUCUUCUCCGAUGUUAUACAUCGACCAUUUGCCUGCACUCAUAUUGCACUCGAGAAAUACUCCUCCAACAUCCCUGACGCGAACCAGAUUACCCGAUUCGAGAGGCUGAGCUAUGAUGAGUUCGCUCAGGGUUGGAGCGGCAAACCGUUCAUACUGACUGAUUAUAUUCAAUGUUGGCCAGUAUACAGUGACUGGAACAUCCAGGUCCUCAAAGGAAGAUACCCAAGUGUCGAGUUCCGAGCUGAAGCUGUGGAUUGGCCAUUUUCCGUUUAUCACGAAUACAUGGUCAACAACGAGGAUGAGAGUCCACUAUACCUAUUUGACAAGGGAUUUGCCGAGAAGACCAACAUCGAAGUCGGACAUGGCAAAGAUGCUGUAUACUGGCCUCCAGAAUGUUUUGGUCCGGACUUGUUUGAGCUGCUUGGUGCUGAAAGGCCUGCUCAUCGUUGGCUCAUUAUAGGUCCUAAGCGUAGCGGCUCGACUUUUCACAAAGACCCAAACGCAACUAGCGCGUGGAAUGCCGUACUGGAAGGAUCGAAAUACUGGAUUAUGUUUCCCCCAACAGCGCAGGUUCCCGGCGUUUAUGUUUCAGAAGAUAGUAGUGAAGUCACUAGCCCGCUAAGUAUAGCAGAGUGGUUACUCGAGUUUCAUGCGGAAGCACGUGCGUUGCCAAAUUGCGUGGAGGGCGUUUGCAAAGCUGGCGAGAUACUACACGUGCCGAGCGGCUGGUGGCAUUUAGUAGUAAAUCUUGAAGCUGGAAUAGCGCUUACACAGAACUUUGUUCCGAAGUCACACCUAGCAGAUGUACUUUCUUUCCUCGGAGACAAACCAGACCAGGUUACCGGCUUCAAAAAGAACAUUGAAGACCCAUACGAGCUCUUCGUGGGGCGGCUCAAGGCCGAUUAUUCACAUCUUCUCGGCGAAGCUCUUGACGAGCUGGAACGAAAAAGUGUAACUAAAAAGCGAAAAUGGGAAGAAGCUGUUGGUAACAAAGAUGAUGCUGGAAAUGGUACGACUGGCUUUAGCUUCGGCUUUAGUUUCGGGGAUGAGGAUGAGGACGAGAUACCUUAGGAUGAACACUGAAGUGAUGGCCAACAGAGGUUGAAAUAAGAUAGUUACUACAUAUAGAAGUCCGAGUUAAGAGAGAUUUACAUGCACAUAGUAAGUACAUGG